AUGACCGAACAGUGCGCUACUGUGGCCAUCGUCUUCUUCCUCGCUCAUGUCCUCUUCUCCCUCUCGUCCGCGAGCGUCGCUCGUCUCCGUGACUCUCUGGCGCUCGUCUGCACCCUCCUCGUCGUCUUCCCGCUCCUCCCCGUGACCGCUGCGACCGGCAGAGCCGUGGCCGGACGCGCUCGGCGGCGCUCGCAAUGGCGAGACGUCUGGGAGUCGUGCGCUUUAUCUGCUGUCGUCCUUCUCGCCACCGUGGCAGCCACCGCCGGGCAAUCCAGGCACCCACCCACUGCCCAGGGGCUGAAGCAGAAGCCGAGGCCGAAGCCGAAGCCGAAGCCGAUGAGGGUCAAGUGCACUGAGAAGCGCAAGGUGAACCCCUACUGCUUCAACCGGAACAUGGACUGCCCCGCCAACUGCCCCCAGUCCUGCUACCCCGACUGCAACACAUGCAAACCCGUCUGCGUCUGCAACACCCCCGGAGCAUGCGGCGACCCGCGGUUCAUCGGUGGUGACGGCAACGCCUUCUACUUCCACGGACGCAGGGACGCCGACUUCUGCGUCGUCUCCGACCGCGACCUUCACAUCAACGCGCACUUCAUCGGCAAGAGCGGCCACAGCGGCAUGUCCCGGGACUUCACCUGGAUCCAGGCCAUUGCCGUGCUCUUCGACGGCCACCGCCUCUACCUCGGUGCCAGGAAGACCGGCACCUGGGACGACGCCGUCGAGCACCUGGACAUCACCCUCGACGGCGAGCAUGUCUACCUUCCCGCUGACCUCAUCGAAGGCGCCAAGUGGACGUCCAGCCGCGUGCCCGAGCUGUCCGUGACCCGCACCAAGGCGACCAACGGCGUCCUCGUCGCCGUCGCCGGAAAGUUCAGCGUCAGGGCCAACGCCGUGCCCAUCACCGGGGAGGAAUCGAGGGUGCACCGCUACGGCGUCACCGCCGAUGACUGCCUCGCGCACCUCGAGCUGGCGUUCAAGUUCGACGCCCUCACCGACGACGUCCACGGUGUGGUCGGACAGACGUACCGCUCCGACUACGUGAACCAUUUCGACGUGAGGGCAUCCAUGCCCACCAUGGGAGGAGAUGCCACCUUCACCACCUCCAGCCUGUUCGCCGCCGACUGCAGCGUGGCGCGCUAUGGAGUCAGCCGUGGAAACGACGGUGCCGCGGUGCAAUCUGAGCUCGCUGGUACUGUCACCUGCGCCAGUGGCAUGGACGGCAAGCGUGUGAUGUGCAAGAAGUAAAACGCUUCUUGCAUGCAUAUGGCGACUGCUGUACUGGCCGUGCAUGUCUGCAUGCAUGCACGGUUGACAAGUACACACAGAAAUAAGCAAAGGACAUAAAUUAAUGUGUUUGGAUUUGGAAAUACUAUGUGGCGUUUGCAAUUAUCUGUUGCACCGGCGAGAAUAUCGAUUCAAACUUUUCAUUCAACUGUUGAAAUUCUU